CCUCUCAUCAGCGUUAAUUACAUUCACUCUGCAUCAUUUCAUUCUCUUUGUUUUUGGCACUAUCUCAUCUUCACUUGCAUCUUUUUUGACCUCAACUUCGAUGGACAGUUGUCACACACCAGUCUGUCGGCAUUAGUCGUAUGGCGGCCAACUGAUCGAUCUACAUCUCUCCUUCGCAUUCUCUUCGUCUCGCCCAACGCACACCAAGCCCGCGUGCUUGCCAGUCUCGAGGCGGUGGCGACGGCCAAUUGUUUCCUUAGACAUGCCAAGCCUACAUCUGCUCAGAUUUCUGGCACUGAAUACGUUACUACUACUGCUAGUGCGGGGCCAGCCGACAAACGUCCCACUCGACUCAGCACAAUUCCAACAUCUGGUAGGUCUUAUCGCUUCCUUCUAUCCCCUCUACUUGUUUAUCUCUGUGGCCGGGUAUUUUUACUCGAUUGCAUUUAG